CCCUCGUUGGCGGUGUGAAAGGACGGGUGGGAGGUAACAAGUUGAGAGGUCGUCUUAGCUGACUAAACGGCUGGGCGGCUGCACUUUUGCAGCAUUUUUAAAUAAAUAAAGGGGCUCAAGUCAAGCGAAGCUGGUCCGACUCCAUGGUUGCAUCAGCUAAUAGAAGCCGAGAAGAACAAAAUUUCACCCCGCGGCAGCUGAUUUCCUGCAAGGCUUGUGAGCUCCUCUAGUUAGCUCAUGUUAGCAAGCUGCUAGCCGCUGGCUUGCUAAGUUAGUAUGUCGCAAACGGGCGUUUGGACUUAGGCUAACGUGGCUAGCACACCUAAAACAAACUUUGAAUCGGCAGGGAAAACCUCGAAAGAUGGCAGUGUCGGUGCGCGGCCUGUACUUUGUGAUAACCCUAUUUUUGGGUAGUUUCUUCGGAAGCGUCUUCAUGCUGGGCCCAUUUUUGCCCCUCAUGCUGCUGUCUCCUGCUUGGUACCGCUGGAUCACUGAUCGAAUCGUUGCAACCUGGCUCACCCUGCCUGUGUCCUUGCUGGAGUUGGUAUUUGGGGUGAAGGUGGUGAUAACGGGCGAUGGCUUCAUUCCUGGGGAGCGUAGUGUGAUCAUCAUGAACCACCGUACCCGUCUGGACUGGAUGUUCCUUUGGUGUUGUCUGCUCAGGUACAGCUAUCUUCGCCUGGAAAAGAUCUGUCUCAAGGCUGCACUGAAGGCUGUACCCGGCUUUGGUUGGGCAAUGCAGGUGGCCUGCUUCGUCUUUAUUCAGCGUCGUUGGGAGGAUGACAAGAAGCACUUAGAGAACAUGUUGGACUACUUUUGUGACAUCAGAGAGCCCCUGCAGCUGCUUAUCUUCCCUGAGGGCACAGACCUCACAGAAAACACAAGAGCGAGGAGUGAUGCCUUUGCUGCGCAGAACAACUUGCCGAAACUGGAGUAUGUUCUUCAUCCCCGUAGCACAGGAUUCACCUUCAUCGUCGACCGCCUAAGAAAAGGAGACAACCUGGAUGCCGUCCACGACAUCACAGUCGCAUACCCAAAGAACAUCCCUCAGACAGAACGCCACCUCAUACUGGGCCACUUCCCACGGGAGAUCCACUUCCACGUCCGCCGCUACCCUCUGUCUUCGCUGCCCGCCUCUUCCUCCGACCUGGAGUCUUGGUGUCGAGCGCGCUGGGCCGAGAAGGAGGUCCGCCUGCGGGACUUUUACGAGAGCCAGCCUCGGGCCUUCGACAGAGAGGGCGUCGCACGGGUGCCGCCUUGUAAGUCGGAGCUGCGAGUGGCUCUGAUCAAAGCCGCCUCGCUGCUGUACUGGAGCGGCUUCAUCGUCCUGUGUUUCACCGGGCUGUGGCUCUGGGCGCCUUUCAGGCUCUACUUUGUGGUCAUGGUUGGGGUGUAUUUGGCCCAGCAAAAGCUGGUCGGGGGGCUGGAGCUGCUGGAGAUGGCGUGCCAUCGGUACUGGAAGUCGGUGGCUGCUGACGUGGGUGAGAAGAAAAAAGUGCUGGAUGGGAAGAUGCAAUGAGGAUGAAAAGCACUCAGCGAGGACACUGAGGACUCAGUUGUCUUGACCUGUUGUUGUUGUUCAGAGGGCUAGAGGAUCCAUUUGAGGAACCCAGUGUUCCAUGCCUUAGAAAGAAAGUAAUAAGUGCACGGCUUGAGUGGAGAGAGAGCUUACCUUUCUGUUUCAAAAAAACAAAACAAAGAAUGUUAAGUACAUUUAUCUGUGUUGGGAAGUUCAUCACACAUGAUGUGUUACUUGAUCUUUGUUCGUCUCUACGUGUAUGUUCACUGUUACUUAGGUGGGUGUUGGCACAUUUUUAUCAAUUUUAUGUUGUUGGCGUUCAUUGCAAUUUCAGAACCUCAGUGUGGACACGUGUAACCAAACAAUGCUGUUAGUAUUUGUUAUUCUGUUGCCAUGUCUUUGAAACUGGUUUUAUUAUUGUGUUCUCGGUAGUCCUUAUUUUUAUGUCAUAAAUGGAGCACAGCCAUAGUACAGAGCACCUGUACAUAUGAUGACUUGACUCUAAUCAAUAUUCAAAUUAGCACUGUUACGUUAGGUAAUCAAUCAUUUUGUGUUCGUAAUGUCGAGCGAGGACAGAAAAGGAGAAAAUUAUGGGAAUAAUUCCCACAUUUAUUAAGGAGUAUACAGGUAUAUAUGUGUACUAUUGUUUACUGUUGUUGGGUAUAAUUACCCUUUUUAUACCAAUUGGGAAAAAACUUCCCCCACCCCAUUAAUCCUUAGAGACAGCCCAUGUGGUGUUUAUUACUGUCUUGUUUGUAGCUUUUGCACAUAAAAGCCAAAGGUGAUGAAAAGUAAUAAAAAAAAAAAAAAAGAAUGUAGUCUGUCUUGUCAGGAAGGCGUAGCUUCACAUACAACUCUCAAGGUUGCCUGUCGCGAUACUCUUGCCUCGGUAUCCCAACAGUAUAAUAUAAAGUAA